CCAAAUCAUUCCGACCCGCCAAUUUGAAAGGACGAUAGCUUCUCGAGCUUCUUCUCCGGUCUAAUCUAUCGAACCACCACAACUCUACGCCGGCCGCCACUUCCUUCACCCAGUUUCUUUAUCCGGCGAACUCACUCCGAGUAGUUUCUACUGAGAAAUGAAACUCUUCGAAACUUGGGAUAAUAGGCCCGUCCGUCGACCCUUAUCUGGUUAAAUACGAGAUUUGGCUCCACAACCAAGUGUAUUCAGCUAUUCGUCAUUAUCUAUCAUUCUUGCAGAAACUGAAUUUAUUUUUAGAACUGCUGUGCUAGAAUGGGAGGUUCUCUACAAUUUCACUUCUUCAGUUGCAACAUUUUGCUUAAGGGAAUAAACUCAACCGGGUUAUCGGAUAAGUUAAAUGUAACCUCUGCUCUUAAAGAUUCCAAGAAGCAGGGUGAACUUUCUCUUACUAUCUCUGAUACUGCUGAUCAGAAGAAAGUUCAGAAGGCUGGAAAAGUAGAACAUCACCUAUGGAAGAAAAGAGAAUCUGCUGGAUCUGGACAAAAAGCGCUGAAUCUUGUUCGGAUUAUUUCUGGACUUCCAAAUGAGAAAGAGUCUGUUUAUGGUGCAUUAGAUAAAUGGAUUGCAUGGGAGGCAGAGUUUCCAUUGAUUGCAGCUGCUAAGGCUCUAAGAAUCUUAAGGCAACAGCGGCUGUGGAAACGAGUAAUUCAAGUUGCUAAGUGGAUGUUGAGCAAAGGUCAAGGUGCAACAAUGGCAACCUAUGAUGCACUUCUGCUAGCAUUUGAUAUGGACAAUAGGGUAGAUGAAGCAGAAACGUUAUGGAAUAUGAUUUUGCAUACAAGCACGCGGUCUGUCUCGAAACGGCUCUUCUCCAGGAUGAUUUCAUUGUAUGAUCAUCAUCAUGUGCCAGAUAAGAUAGUUGAGGUGUUUGCAGACAUGGAGGAGUUAGGGGUGAAACCAGAUGAAGAUACAGUUGGAAGAGUUGCAAGAGCCUUCCAGAUGUUGGGCCAAGAAGAUAAGCAAAAACUGGUUCUCAAAAAGUAUCAAAGCAGAUGGAAAUAUGUCCAUUUCAACGGUGAAAGAGCAAGAGUGAGAAGAGAUAUGGAGUGAAUAAAAGUUAUAUUUCUUGCAUGGGGGAAGAGCAAUAACUACUUGGUUGAUAUUAUACAUACUGGAAAAUACUCAUGUCAGAUAAAAUCCAAGUUGCUGUAGUUGUGUUGAUAAAUCCCUGGUGAGAUCGUGUCUUGAAUACGAAGACUCUACUUGGCUGAUGAUACAAGACAUAACUAGAAGUCAACAAGAUUGAUGAAAGUGUAACCUCAUCGCAGUUGAUUUCUUUUGUGGAAGCAAGACUACCAAACCAUACUACACCUUAUAGUGAAAGAGAUUUUCCCCGUUAUACUGAUAUCAUUGGGUUUUUCAGUACAAAGAUUCGUUUUAGUUCUGUUUGUCUUAACAUGUUUGUAUCUGAAUUUCUUGUACAGAGAUAAUGGUUUAUAAAGUAUUCAUGUCAUCAAUCAAAUCUUGAAUUUCAAUUUUCUCA